AUUUCACGCAGCAAAGCACGAAACUGUUGACCAGCCUCUGAAAUGCGGCUCCUCUGAGCUCAUGAAUACACGCAGAUGACCAUAGAGCUGGCAUCCAGGCCAAGAUCCCUCUCUUCCCUGCGCUUCUUGCAGCGUCUCUGCCAUGACAGCCACCAUUGAUUUGUCCGAGCGCGCGGAAAGCGGGCGGCAAAGGCUCCUUCGCUCAGCUUGUGGAUGCAUGAUUGUGAAUGCACAAAACAGACAAUGGGAUUGUCCGACUGCUGCUCUGCACCCCGGGCCCAGUCCUCCGGUAAGUCUGGGCCAGCAGCCGUAAGCUGACCCGACCACCACAAUAGGCAGAGAACGGAUCAGCAGCUGAAUCCUUUGAUUCCCUGUUUAAACUGCGAUGCGCUGGCUCGACCGAGCGAACGUGCAUAGGCUACUGGAAUGGAAGGCCUUGAUACCCCGCACCUGGGACGCUUCCUCGCCUUCUCUCGCAUUAACUCGUUGAACCGUUGGUCGUCGCACACACCUGAAACCUGUUGAACAGAUUCUUCUAGUAACCCAGCUUACGAGGUAUAUUUGGCUUCUUGGGAUUCGGGGUUGCCCUCGUCACCCAGGCUGGCUCAGCUGGACAACAGCUGGCCGCUGCGAACGAGGGGCGUGCCGGGUGGAGCUGACGCGCCUGUCUGCAGCCAGAUGCACGCCAGGCAGGAAGCGGCAACGCACUGCUCUCACUGCAACCGCUCGCUCAUGCGACUAGGUGCCGUUGCAUACAGCUAUUCCCUGAUGCGAUUCAGCGGUGUCCUUGCUGGCUUGUCCGUGUAUCAGGCCACAGCCUCGGAUGACCGCACUCGAUCGCGGAUUGUGCACUCGACCGCCCAUAUCCAGGAACUACCCCAGGAAGAAUAGACAUGGUCGCCGCCGGUGAGGGCCAUGUUCGCCUCUUGAGCCACCCACGGCGUCCACUAGCUCUGCCCUAGCCACGUCAGAGGGCCACCAUGGACUAGUGCAUCCCGUUGCAUUGGGAGAGCAUACCCGGCUCAAUACCCAGGGUAGAAUGAGGCGGACCGAACGAGGGUGCACCCCCACCUCUCCAAUCCAAAAGACAGCAAGGGUCGGCUACUCUGCCCCUUGCUCACCCCAGGAGCACAUGCGAGGGACGUGAGCAGUUGGCGCUCAUCGAGAUGGGCUGUCCUUGCGACGUUGUGCGCCGUGUGUUCCGUGGAUCCUGCAGCGACGUUCUGCGACAUGGAUUCCCCUCUGGGGGCCAGUGACUCUUGUGCAAUCGAUCAGCGAGUUCGCUGGUCGAUCUCGAGGAUAUCCAUGCAGCCCACCCCGUUGGAUUCCAAGGUGGACCGGCCGGAGAUCAAACCCGCCUAUGGGACUGGAAGCGGUUCGCAAAGAACAGUUCCAGGGACGGCUCGGCCUGCUGAGGAACUCUCUCGGCGCGCGGUUUUCUGCCAAAUAAUCACUGGUGUAAUCCUGGUAGAUACGGGCUGACGUCUGACUGGGCUGCACGCCGGCCGUCAUUUGGGACUUGCAGGAUCAGCCAACAUGCGGACUGGUACGCGGCCGCCAGCCCGCAUGUGGUCCGCAGCCAAGGUGGAUUAAAUAGCAGCUCGUUCCAGGUCAAUUUGGCCAUGUCUGUAGCUUCUGGUCAGUCUUGUUUACAGCCGUGCGGUGCGAAUGGUGCCAGAGAGUGAGCCCUUGCGUGUAUGCCAGUCAUGAUUGGAAUGUCGGGUGAUCAAAAGGGUGCAACCCCAGCCUACAACAGCAGCAUCGACCACUUUCGCGACGACGAAUACCCCAGCCUGAGAGACGUGGUCUACCUCGACCAUGCCGGGUCCACGGUGUAUGCUCGGUCCAUGAUCCAGGCGUACGCCGCCGACCUGCAGACCAACCUGUAUGGCAACCCUCACUCGGACAAUACCCCGUCUCGCAUAUCCGGUGUCCGGGUCGACGCCAUCCGCCUGCAGCUUCUGCGCUUCUUCGGCGCCGACCCAAAUGACUUUGAUCUCAUCUUCACAGCAAACGCAACCGCCUCCAUCAAGCUGGUGGGCGAGUGCAUGUCGCAUUAUGCACCUUCGCCUAUGACGUCGUCCAGCAAGCGACGUGGGUUCCACUAUGUAUACCACCAAGACUCCCACACAAGCCUAGUUGGGCUUCGACAGAUCGCCAACGGGGGUAGCGUGUGUCUGGGCGAUGCCGCCGUAAAGAGCUGGAUCCAAAAAGGCAGCCAACCAAAGAUGGCCACUCUCUUUGCCUAUCCGGGCCAGAGCAACAUGACGGGUCGACGUACCCCUCGAUCAUGGCCUGCUCAAAUCCGCAGAAACCACAAAGACACGUUUGUCUUGUGGGACGCCGCUGCCAUCGCCUCGACCUCACCCUUGAAUCUCUCGGAUGCCGAUUCCGCCCCCGAUUUUACUGCCCUCUCGCUGUACAAAAUAUUUGGAUACCCUGAUGUUGGAUGCUUGAUCGUCCGAAAGGCUGCUGCUGAUGCUCUUCGACAGCGACGAUACUUUGGUGGCGGAACUGUGGAUAUGGUCAUCAACUCGCCCUCGGUCCGACAAGAGGGGUGGCACGCCCUCAAGACAGGCUCGCUGCACGACUCUCUCGAAGACGGGACCCUGAACUUUCACUCCAUCGCCGCGAUCCCUCACGCCAUCGACACACAUGACCGCCUCUUCUGUAGCAUGAGCGACGUUUCCGCCCACUGCGCCUUUUUGGUUGGGCAGCUCUAUGGACAGUUAGUAUCCCUCCGACACUCAAAUAAUGCCCCUCUUUGCCGCAUCUAUACUGGCUCCGAACAUCAUGGCUUUGGAGAUGCAUCUCUCCAGGGACCGACAAUUGCCCUGUCCGUCCUAGAUCCCUCAGGGAGCAUACACGGAUACGCAAACGUCGAACGCGCAGCGGAUCAGGAGCGGAUAUACCUCCGGAGCGGCAGCGUGUGUAACCCCGGAGGUAUGGCGUACCUCGGCUGGGUGCGCAUGGAAGAUAUGAAGGCCGCCUGGAAUGCUGGGCAUCGAUGUUCAGAUCCGAUCCAGGAGGUGUACGGACAGACAACGGGCAUCGUGCGGGUGAGUCUGGGGGCGAUGAGCACCAAAGCGGAUACUGAUAGGUUUGUUGACUGGCUGAGCCGAACAUACAUCGAUCGGGAUAUCAUGUCUUCGCCAGAAAAGCCGCAAGGAUCUGAGUGCUCACAUGGCUCUGAAUGCUCGCUGGAGUCAUCGAAACACAAAGAAACCGUUGGUCAAAUGGGCCGAACCCGAGGAACAGUGAAGAGAAUUGUUGACCACAUCCGUCGGAUAUUCUGUCAAAGUGCGAGAUAGACUAUGCUUAGCGCUAUAUAUAAGAUUGACUCAAUUAAUGAUAGUAAUGAAAAGUUCUCAAGAGUCAGAAUGAGGGG